AUGCCGGCUAGAGAUUUAAUAAAAUUGUUGGCAAGAAGUGUGCCAUUUCAGCAAGCCAAAAAGGUGCUUGACGAUGGAAUAUUUUGCGACAUUGUAAAAAUUGGUGGCAUGUUGCGAAACAAGGAUAAAUUUAUAAAGAGGAGGCAACGUCUUAUAGGUCCUGGAGGGUCCACGUUAAAGGCCCUGGAGCUUCUUACAGAGUGUUAUAUUCUCACCCAGGGACAGACGGUCUCAAUUAUCGGAUCAAUAAAGGGCAUCAAAGUCGCAAGGAGGAUUGUGGAGGACUGUAUGAAGAAUGUGCACCCAGUCUAUCACAUUAAAGAGUUGAUGAUUAAAAGGGAGUUGGAAAAGGAUCCAGCGUUGAAAAAUGAGAACUGGGACAGAUUCCUUCCUCAGUUUAAAAAGAGAUCUGUAAAGCAUAAAAAGGCCAAGAUUGUUAAAAAGAAACCAUCGUCCCUCCUCAUUCCAACUCAGACGCCGAGAAAGGAAGAUUUACUUUUGGAGUCUGGUGAAUACUUUAUGUUGGAGGAGGAAAGAAAGAGGAAGAAGGAAAUUGAACGCAGAGAAGGACAAAAGAAAAAGAGUCUGGAAAAGAAGAAGAGGAGAGAGGAAGAAUUUGACCCUGAAUAUCUCAAGAGAAAUGAGGAAGUUGUUGAAACUACAAGUGCAGAUUUAGACACGAAACCUCCUCCAAAGAAGAAACAUAAGAAUAAAAAUGAGUAUUUUGUUUAG